AUGAAUCAAGGGCUUCCCUCUAGUAUCCUCUCCAUCAUCCCCCUGGUUCCUAGGGUCCAUCCAUCGCUGGGAGCUGGUCCGUCUGAUCGAGCAGCGUGCCGGUCGAGCAGGCGGCUCUAUGAAGACGAGAGGCUGAGGCGAGGAGAAGACCCUCACUCUUUGAAGUCACCACCACCUCACUUACUGAUACUAGCAAGGCUGGACUUGUACCACAGUUAUUAUUAUGCUCUGGAAGCUGGAAAAGGUCAUUCUCUAAGCGUGUCAGAAUCACGUAUUCCAGACUUUGGCAAGCAGCAGACAAUAGCGGGAAAUUUAAAUUUGAUGAACACGGAGAAGCAUAAUUUGAACGCUAACGCAUUUGUUUCUCGAAACAUCCCGAAAUUUCCGGAAGUUCCUAAUUUUAAUACUGUUGGAGGAGGGGUUGAUUAUAUGUUCAAUAAGAAGGUAGGCGCCAGUUUAGACGUGGCUCACACUCCCUUCCUUCAGCGUACGGAUGUUAAUGCGAUGGGAAAACUGAAUCUCUAUCAAAAUCCUACUACAUCAUUAGACUUUGGUGCUGGUGCUUCUAAAUCAUUCUCUCCUCAUAUACCUAAUAGUUCUUGGGAACCAAAUUUCCGUUUCUCACUAUCAAAAUACUUCUAA